GUACUUCCUGCUUUCUAGGUGAGGUGGUUUGUUAUUGAAGCGGAGCAACUUUAAAUGUGAUUGGAAAUGUUGACGGUCGGUUGAAGUCGAAAAAUGAAGGACGUAACCACACUGUGAACAAGCAACAGAUUAAAACAAUUUUCGAGAUGUCAGGAGCCAAUGAGCACAACAGGAAGCGUCGCCCCCACAGAAUGUACUUGAUCUCGACCGACCUGAGGGUCCAGGACGAGCUGGAAGGUACCAUUCGGCUGGUACGGGGGUACCUCUGCCAGGAGCUGGACUCGAGAGGGGACCACCCCUGGGUCAAGGUUUUGGACAGCAGUAUCAUGUGCAGAGUAGAGAAGAGGUAUCUGCUCGAAAUCUCGAAUGACGUCGCUGACCUGCUGGAGCCUGUGAGGGAUCCAGAAGCUCGACUGAAACUUCUAAACAAUGGGACUCUGCAGCAGUUACCCUCUUUACCUCUGAAUGCUCCGCUGUGGGUCCAGAUGGGCGAACAGGGCGAGCUCGCAGAGGCUGAGCUGAAGUACGUGGGGCCGCUCACCGGAGGCAGCAGCGCCGUGUAUUUCGGGGUGGAGCUCAUGGGAUCCGCAGUCGGUCGAGGACAGAGCAACGGUUCUUACAAAGGUCAUCGUCUUUUCCACUGCCCCGAGGCCUGUGGCCUCUUCGUCCCCGCCAGUCACAUUACCCCCCGCCAGUGGUCCCGCGGCAACGCCUCGGACGGACAGGAGCGAGCGCGCGGCCGGGAUCACCACCGGGCAAGCAGUGGUCCCCAAAGCAACGGCCACCAUGGCAACAUCGACCGUCCAAGCCAUCAUCCUCAUCAUCCUCCGCAGCAGCAGCAUAGCCGUCGCAUCAGUUUCCACCAACAUCACCGGCCGAGCAGCCCGACUCCGACGCACGGCUUGCUGUCGCGGACCACCGAGUCGGCAUCCGCCUCCGCUCACGGCCGAGGCCCUGCCCUGUCGCCCCCGCUGUUCCAGACCGGCCAGCGGGUGUGCUUUCAGGUCAAGGACGCCGUGCAUGCCGGAGAAGUGCAGUUCUGUGGUGUCCUGUCCGGCCGAUCCUCGCCGGGAACGUACGUCGGAGUUGUUGCGGACGCUCCUGUUGGCAACUGGGAUGGGUUUUACAAAGGAGUGAGGCUCUGCCACAUUCCUUCGCCCCUCUAUGGCCUGUUACUGCCCGUCGGUAAGGUGUCCUCAGAACAGAAAUCCCACCGUCACAACCCUCUUUUCCUCCCAACUCCCAAAUCCAUCCUGAAGCCGACGCUGCCCCCCCUCCCGAAACCUGCCCCCACGUCGCCGACGGCGUCCUCCCCGAAGACGGCCCUGAUGCCCCCUGUCAGGCACGGACCCAAGCCGCCGCCGCCGCCCCCUCCGAAACCCAACCUCAAGCUGCUGCCGCCUCCUCCCCUCCCCCCUCCCCCCGUCCCUCCCCCCAAACCCCAGAGCUCAGCUCUGCCUCCUGCCGCCGAGCCGCCGCCGCAGCACGCCAACGGCACGCACAGCCCGCCCUCGGCUCUGUGGUCUCCGCACAACGGGGACGAAGCGGCGGUGGACGGAGAGGCGGGGCCAGGGGAGGAGCUGGAGGUGGGCUCCAUGGUGGAGGUGAACGACCCGCCGCUCUUCGGGGUGAUCCGCUGGAUCGGACAGAUAAACGGCGUGCCAGAGACGGUGGCGGGAAUCGAACUGGACCACGAGCUGUCUGCAGGAACAGACGGCAGUUACCUCGGCGAGCGUCACUUCCGCUGCCCGCCCAACAAGGGCCUGUUCGUCAAGCUUCGCAACUGCAGACGCGACUCCCGCUUUCCCGCCCCCGAGACGCCCGUCAAUCAAGUGGAGCGCUGCAACUCUAUAUGCUUCGCGGACUGGGGCAGCGAGCGUGUGGAGGAGCACACGCCUCCCGUGGAGGGGGACGAGGCCAGAGAGCUGUAUGACGGCUGGAAAAGAGGCAUCCAGGGUCACCUCAACUCCUGCUACCUGGACGCCACGCUGUUCAGCCUCUUCUCCUGCUGCAGCUCAGCUGACUGGGUGUUAUUCUGGCCUGCUGAUACUGAAACUGAACAAAGCUCCAGUCAGGCUCAAGACCUGCUGCGCUGUGAGAUUGUAAACCCCCUACGAAGGUAUGGCUAUGUGUGUGCCAGUAAGACCAUGGCCUUGAGACGACUGCUGGAGGCCGCCAACACCAACGCCGGCUUCACCAACCAGGAGAAAGAUCCUGAAGAGUUCCUCAACAAGCUUUUCCAGCUCCUCCGAGUCGAGCCGCUCCUCAAGAUCAGAUCCAUGACUCAGGAGCCUCAGGAGUGUCACCUCUACCAGCUCUUCCCACCGGCCCUCCCGUCCUCCCCCUCCUCCCCCUCCCCCGUCUCCCCGGUCGGCUCCCCCAUCCCCCUGUCCUUGCCGGCGUCCGGUCGGAUGCGGGUCGCCACCGUGCAGAGCCUGCUGGAAGCCUCCUUCCUUCACUCCGGCCUCAAGUUUGUCGAGGCUCCCUCCUGCCUCUUACUGCUCAUGCCAAGAUUUGGGAAGGAGUUCAAAAUGUUUGACGCCAUUUUGCCCUCCCUGAGCCUGGACAUCACCGACCUGCUGGACGACAGUUUGAGGCAGUGCAGCAUCUGUCAGGCUGUGGCAGAGUGGGAGUGUCUGCAGUGUUAUGAAGAUCGAGACAUCACUCCUGGGCAUCUUAAGCAGUAUUGCGAGACUUGUAAAACACAGGUCCACACUCAUAAGAAGCGUGCGUCCCACAGCCCAGUGAAGAUCAGCGUUCCUGACCCGGCGUGGACGGGUCCCCUGCAUUGUGCCCGCCAGCAGAUGUCUCUGUUCGCUGUGACGUGCAUCGAAACCAGCCACUACGUGAGCUUCGUCAAGCACGGGCCCCUCGCCUCUGACUGGCUGUUUUUUGACAGCAUGGCCGACCGUGAAGGUGGAGAGAACGGCUUCAACAUCCCGCACGUGAAGGCCUGUCCGGAAGUGGGCCGCUACCUCAGCUUGUCGGAGGACGAGCUGAGCAGAGUGGACGCCGCGUCCUUGCGGGAGUCCACCCGCCGCCUGCUGUGCGACUCCUACAUGUGUCUGUACCACAGCCCCGAGCUCAGUCUUUACAAGUGACGUGGAGCCAAACGCAGCUUGUUGAAACUUAAAUGUAACACCAACAACGCUUCCUCAGGCUCACCGUCUCCUGCACUCGCAAAAUAUGACCAGCCUAUUUUUAAUCACUUUGAAAAGAAUAUUUGAAUAUGAACUAAAACUGAAGUCUCAUGAUUGAAAAAGUAUUCAACUUCUGGUGCCAUGUUUACAUUGAACAGGGAAAUGCAGUUUUUGUGUCAUGAAAUCCAUUGAGAAAACUCUGCAAUUCCAUAGCUUAAGCGCCGCUCAGCUAAACAGAAGUGAAAAAUGCAUCCAAGGGCUUUUUGUUUGUUUGUUUGUUUGUUUUUUUCCUGGCUCUGUGUUGAUUUCAUCUGAGGUGUCUUUUGUUAUGUAAUUUUGUGUUUAAACACGAGAUUGUAGUGCUCUCAUGACUUAGGCUGCCAGAAAGCAAUAUUCAAUGUGUUUUGUUUUUCCAACAUGAUCUCUAACUUGCACCGAGUUACAAAUUUGUAGUAGUUUUAAUAUUCCAGUUUCUCUAGUUAAAUACUGUUGCAGUUACUCUAUAAAUGAGUUUAACAAAGUGAAUAAAAGUCCGUAUCCAUAUGUUGACACAGCUUAGCUGAGACUCGGAUAACUGUGAUAUAAAAAAAGACAGCAACAUUUGCACAAGAACACUUGCACACAACUUAUGUGCCUUAAGAACAAAUGUGCGCAGCUGUAGCUUGGUGAUAGAAAGAGGAGCGCUAUGCAAUCGUGAAUCUGCAGGUAAAUGACUUCAUUUGUGGGCUUUUCCUGUGGCUUACUGAUGCUCUUGCACUGUACACGAACCACUGUGCCUGUAACAUGUAACACAUGUACAAUUUACUCUGUAAUUUGCACUUCUUCAUUUGUAUAUCAGUUAUGUGUGUAUAUAAUAUUGAUGAACUGACAUUGAAUAUUAAACAUUUGAAAUCUGAAGUUUUUCUUACAAAUUGUUUAAAGAGGAUCCAUCAACAAGAAAAAGGAUCCAAGUUCUCUGUUAUUAAAAGCUUUGAUAUUCUUUGAA